CUCUGUGGAAGCCCCGCCCCGCGGCGUGACGCGCUGCGACGGCGAUGGAGUUCGGUGUUUGUGCGGCGAGGCGUCUCGGGCGGCUCCUGAGGCUCCGGGAUGUCUCGCGGCGUGCACCACUACCAGCUGCGGUUGUGGGACCCCGGCUGCAGCUGCUGGCUGUGCGGCGGCUUUCCACGAGACCAGCGCUCUGCCGGGCUAACCUGACCCCGGGCCUUGUGCGUGGCCUGCACGAUGGGCCUCAGCAGGAGGAGCGGACACCCGGCGAGGGAUUCCCAGAGCUGGACGUUUCAGAUCAUACUGGUCCCAAGUUUGACAUCGAUAUGCUGGUUUCACUUCUGAGGCAAGAAAAUGCAAGAGACAUUUGUGUGAUCAAGGUUCCUCCAGAAAUGAGAUAUACAGAUUACUUUGUGAUUGGUAGUGGAACUUCCACCCGACACUUACACGCCAUGGCCUACUAUAUUGUGAAAAUGGCAUGGCCUGGUGUCCACAUGAAGGGAUCACAGUGUUUUGAAGAACUUGAAGCCAGAUUAUGGAUGCCCAAUUGUCCAAAACCACUUCAUUUUCCUCAUGUGAAUGUUUUCUAUAUUGUAACUAUUCUAAAUAUUUUCUGCGUGUGUAUGUUUUUCCCCUGCGUUUAAAGUUUCUUAAUUUUUCUUCUUGUUUCCCUCUACCCACACCUGUUUUUUCACAAACUGAUUUGUGUAAAAUUCCCUGACAAGGCUAGCAUGCCAUAGUGUUAUAUAAAAUACUCACUCUUGCAGUCUUCUGUUAUGAUAUAAAUGCAUUUUCACACACACACAAAAAAAA